AUGGAACCACCAAAUACAUAUGUUCCACCGAUUCCCGAAGGCAAGCCGACCUUUGCGAGUCUUCUUGAUAGCUUGGUCGCUCAGACUCAGCCUCAGUAUUCCUUUGUCGAUGAAGCAACAUGGCACUUGAAUGCGAAUGGUCAGGAGCAGUUUCAUUUGGUUGAGACUGCUGACGUCCAGCUUGCGGAUUUCGAUCUUCAGCCUUUGGAAAACCCGGCUUCCAUGCUAGUUGAUGAAGACAUGUCAACCGAAGAUAUCUUCAGUUUAAUCGCUUUCACACAGGCAGACGACGGCUGUGCUAGAACUGCUCCUGUUAAGACAUCCAACCCACAGUUCAACAACAUGGCCCUCAGCGAAUUUGCUGAGCAUACCACUGCACUUGAACAUUCCGCUGAGUUCCCUACUGCGACCUUGGAAAUUUCUGCUCACUCUGUGGUUGGUAGCACCGCUAUCACAGCACCUGAAAACAUUAAUAGCACAGGCUAUCACAAAGAAAACCACCAGUCCCACGCAGUUAAUCCAGUGAACUUGGAAUCCUUCGAACCCAAACUCGCGGUUGAAUAUACCAAUCUCAAAAUGCGUCAGGGUAUAAAUAUGCACUCGCGCACAGCGACUACCGCAGAGUCUUCAGAUAUUAGAAUUGGUGAUGAUUAUCCCCAUCAUCAACCUUCUUAUCCAUCUCCUAUUCCGAACGAACCCUACUCGAUCAACGCAGGUGUCACUGAGAUCACUACCCACCAUCUUCAGGGGGAAAUGGGAAUUGCAACUCCCCCAAACCCCAUACGCCAGGGCAAAUCCGAGCCUAAGCUCAAGUUCUCAUCUACUCGUGAAGCCAACUCGUGGCGCGCGUUUGAAGUCCAAGUUGACCAUGACCCUACUAUUCCCAAGACUAAGGAGGAGAAACUUGAGAUCGUCUCCAAUCUGCUGGACGCAAUGAAGAGCACAAAGCAUGCGGAAGAUAACGAAGGAAUGAUCCGUCCAUUCCGCGAGCAGAAGCACAGUCCGAUUAGAAUGGAGAUAGAAGCGUGCAUUAGCCGCCAGACCAAUGGCCCUCUGCUCGCCAUUUAUGAUGGCAAGGCAAAGGCUACCAGCCAAAUCUCGACAUUCAAGGAGAGAAUGGAAAAGAUCGUAGAUUGUCUUUUGACACAAAAAACCAUUUGCAAGCACUUGCUAGAUGCACACUACAUGUUUACCUUUGUUGACGACCCCGUCUUCUCCAAGAGCCGUGUUGUGGCCAAUAAAAAUCUUAACAAGCGUAAGGGAGAGGUUAUGACCGCUGGCAAGAAGGCACUCGGCCAUUCCAAAUCUAAUUCCAAAUCAACCCCGACAAAGGGCGAUUCGCAGGCUGCUGAUGGCCUCCGCACUCCUUUCAGUACUCCUCGGAGAAAGUCUGCCGCAAAAGAGACAUCACCUCCAUUGGCCAUUAACACCAAUGUGCGAAAUAUGACUCUGAGCAGCCCCCAUGUUGCCUCGCAACUGCUCCAGCAACCAACUGGAUUUUCCCGUCCUGCACAUCCAUCCACCCAGGGAAAUAUGGUUCACUCUAUCCAUCAGAGCAAUGCUCUUAUGAAUCUCCAUAAGCUAGCUAACAUGCCCCACGCCAGCGGAUUUUACCAGAAUACCCCUGCGGUCUCCACUGGGCAUGUUGGAAAUAUCCAUCGUAGCCAUUUUGGUCCGGGAGUUGUCCGCAGCCAGUCAACUAACGCCAUGCAUGGCCUUGGUCGGAACAUCCCUUCUUACUAUGAAUAUCCUUUUAAUCAGGAGCAGAUGGAGCCAGAUCGCUACGUUCAAUAUAGUCCCACUGCAGCCCAUCUCCAGGAGGCUAUGUAUUACUCUCCUCCACUUCCAUCCCCCCGUCGUGUGAUGGUGCCUACUCCUUAUCCCUGGUCUUAUGAUCUCACCACAACUCCCUCACCACACAAUCAUGCAUCAAAUAUUGCCCAAACCGUGGCGUCUUAUGGACAUGGCCGUAAGCGCUCACAGGAUGAAAAUGAUUGUUCAGAUACCCAGGCGUCUCCGCAGAAGAAGGCCCGUUGA